UUAAGAUCUUCAACUUUGUGAUACAUUUGGGGGGGGGGGGAGUCAAAUUCAACUCGCUUAUAUUUGAAAGCAGAGAUUUUGUUUAGACACAUGAAAAUGUUAGAUUUUACCAGCACUUGAUGAAAAGGGAGAAAAAAAGAGUUGAUUUUGAUGGUCUUUCUUAGUUAAAACUGAUCUUAUCGGGGGACUAAUAUGAGCUUUAAGAACUUUGGAAGUAACCAGCCGCCGUCCGCUGACGCCGGCGGCGGCGGAGGUGAUAAUAAGCCGACUGGGAAUUAUCCAAUAAGUAGACAGCCAUCAAUCUAUUCUCUGACUUUCGAUGAGUUCCAAAGCACAAUGGGUGGAAUAGGCAAGGAUUUCGGGUCAAUGAACAUGGAUGAGUUGUUGAAGAACAUUUGGAGCGCUGAAGAAACUCAAACAAUGGCUUCUUCCAGCGUUGGGAUGGAGGCAAAUGGCGGGUUACAAAAGCAAGGGUCUUUAACUUUGCCAAGGACGCUUAGCCAAAAAACUGUGGAUCAAGUUUGGAAAGAUAUGUCAAAGGAGUUCUCUGUAGGGAAAGACGGGAAGAUUGGAACUGGAGUGACUGAUAAUAUGCCACAGAGACAACAAACUCUUGGGGAGAUUACUCUGGAGGAGUUUUUGGUGAGGGUUGGUGUGGUUAGAGAGGAUAGUACCCAAAUUUCAGGGAAGCUUAAUAAUGUUAAUGGCGGUUUCUUUGGGGAAUUACCACAAGCAGGGAGUAAUACUGGGUUUGGGAUUGGAUUUCAACAAGGUGGAAGAGGUCCAAAUUUGAUUGGGAAUUGGCCUUCUAAUGAUGGUAAUCAAAUUGGUAUUCAACCUUUCCCUCAGCAGCAAACUCAUCAGCAACAGCAACAACGGCAGAGGCAACCGAUUCUUCCUAAGCAAUAUGGUUUGGAAUAUGGAGCUCAGAUGCCUUUGCAAAGCGGUGGUCAGGGACUAAUUAAUGGUCUUGCCCAGGGCGGUGGAGGGAUUGGUGUGGUUGGCGUAGGAGGGCCGGUUGGUGUUGCCACUGGUUCACCUGCUAACCAGCUUUCAUCAGAUGGGAUUGGGAAGAGUAGUGGAGACACUUCCUCUGUUUCGCCUGUUCCUUAUGUGUUUAACGGGAGCUUGAGGGGCAGGAAGUUCACUACUCUGGAAAAGGUUGCUGAGAGGAGGCAGAGAAGAAUGAUAAAGAACCGAGAAUCUGCUGCAAGAUCACGAGCUCGGAAGCAGGCUUACACAACGGAAUUGGAAGCAGAAAUUGCAAAGCUAAACAAGGAGAACGAAGAAUUGCAGAAGAAACAUGCACAAAUGAUGAAAUUACAAGAAAAUCAGGACAGUGAGAUGAUGAACAUUGUACGAGGAGCAAAGAAGCGAUGCUUGCGCAAAACACAGACAGGUCCAUUGUGAAUUCAAAGGGUUGUACAUGUUUAAGUCGAGGGAUAAUGAACUAAUCGGGUGUCAGACAGACUUUUUUUUUUCCUUCACAGUAUGACUGUUUCAUGGAAAUGGAAACGGAGCUAUCGAUCGUC